GACAGCCUCAUGUGUUAUCUCUCCAUACAAUCCGCUUCAAUCUUCGACGUUCCAUGCCUUUGGUAGCAUUCUCGGUUGGACUGGUUGUGACAGCUCUCUAACUCUGAAGUUAUGAACUGUGACGGCGUCUUCAGAUCAAAUGCACAUCUACACCAGGACUGCCGAGGGCCAAUGAGCAGCUUGUUCUCUCCCAGUGUUUCCUCGACACAUGAAGGAGGAAAGUGUCUGUAAAGUGACCUGAAGAGACUUCAGCAGGUUGGACUGGUUCUGACGUCUCUCUGACUCUGAAGUUAUGAACUGUUACGGCGUCUUCAGAUCAAAUGCACAUCGACACCAGGAAUUCAUACCUUGUAGAAUUAUUCUAUUAACAUUGUUAAGUAGUAGCACAGUUGUAGAAGAAGAAAAGACAUCCCUUUGUAUUCACACAUUUUUCACUCUGGUUGGUACUGUUAAUACACAUUUAAUAGUGAGGUAUUGGUACUUUUGCAGGUUUUGUGUCUUUUUUCCAGAAACUUAGUUUGUCAGUCUGCAGAACCCGAAGAACUCUUUAAUGGCCGGCUGUUAAAAAUAAGAGGAGUGAGUCAGACUAUCAUCUGAUGCUGAGCUGCAGGGCAGGUGGACCCUGAGUUAUUGCUGCCAGGUUUUGUCUCUGUCUUAAAGGGGGGUGUGUGUGUUUGUAGGUGUUUAGGUCUAUAGGUGUGUCCUGCAGCUGGUGCUCGGGUGUCUUGAUAAGGGACAUUAAAGUCCAAAGUCUCUCUCUGGUACUUCACUUCAUCCCGUGUUGUGAUGCAGAUGUUUCCUCCAGGUUAAACUUUUGGUGUGGACUCUGCUUUGAGUCAGUGUGAGGACAGAGAGGAGGGAGCCCUUCCCUCUAAAACCACUCUGUGUGGGGACCAUGACAGCCAGACCAAAGCUCAGAGGAUGCAGCAGCAGAAACCUGGACCUGGACCUAAACCUAAGCUUAAGCCUAAACAUGAACAUGAACUUAAACCCAGCUGUGUGUUCAUGAAUUAUGAUGAGUUUAAAGUUGGACAAGCUGCAGAUGGAAGGAUGCAGCAGCAGAGACUUGGACCUAAAGCUGGACCUAGACCGGAACCCAGUUCUGUGUCCAUGAAGAGUGACCAGUCUAUGGGUUGUUUAUAUGAGUUUAAUGUUGGACAAGCUGCUGAUGAAAGGAUGCAAGAAGCAGAGACCUGAACCUGAACCCAGAUGUGUGUCUAUGAAGAGUGACUCGUCUAUGGGUUGGUUUGAUGAGUUUAAAGUUGAACAAGCUGCUGAUGGAAGAGUUCAGCAUGACGGCUCAGAGGGCCUCGGGGGUUCGUCUGCCCAGCAGCAUCAAUCACAGCUGGACUCCAUAUUUAUGAUUAUUGUUCUCUACCAGCUGCUGGAGGGGAAUAUCAUUACUUUUGUGAGGAACGAGCUGAAGAAAAUUCAGAAAGUUCUGAGUCCAGAUUACCCAGAAUGCUUAGAGAGUCAGAGGGACGAUGAGGAGGUGUUUGGCAGUGAAGAUGAGGAGCAGAGAAGGAGCCGCAGAGAGGCAUUUCUGAAGAUCACACUGCACAUCCUGAGGAGAAUGAAGCAGGAGGAGCUGGCUGACCGUCUGCAGAGAAGAAGUAAUUCUGGAGUUUGUCAGCUUAAAGUCAAGACUAACCAGAAGAAAAAGUUCCAGUGUGUGUUUGAGGGGAUUGCUAAAGCAGGAAACCCAAACCUUCUGAAUCAGAUCUACACAGAUAUUUAUAUCACAGAGGGAGGGACUUUAAAGGUCAAUGAAGAACAUGAGGUCAGACAGAUUGAAAUAGCAUCCAGGAAACCAGACAGACCAGAAACACUAAUCAGACAAGAAGACAUCUUUAAAGCCCCACCUGGAAGAGAUUAACCAAUCAGAACAGUGAUGACUAA